AGACUUUAUAUUGCAAACAGAAGGACCCAACUUCGUCGUAUCGCAAUCAGGAACGCUAUGCUUAGAGAACAACGUAGGAAAUCAGAGAUUUUAUCCACCCAAAUUCCACCUUACUCUUCCAAGAGUAGUCCAAACUCAAUGUCUGCGCGCCAGCUGACUAGGCCAAAAUACGGGAUGUCAAAGGAUAAUUUGCGUCCUCGAGGUCGUUUGCCACAAGCUUCGUACUAUCAAGGUACGCCACAAAGACAGACAUCUACACGAGCCAGAUGCAAUCAUGGUGCACAACCGUUUUCGCAUAGAAGACAGGGUUAUACUAGUCGCAGAGUAACUGAGUCAUAUCAGAUUCGCAGAAGACCCACUCUUACUCGACAGUCAUCAAAAUCACAUUUGGCAAAUGCCCGUACAAACUCAAAUACCUAUUCAGAACAUGACCGGGGUCAUUCUUCCUUGUCCCCUUAUUUAUCCCAAAUGGGUCCACCUACUACCAGGAAGCAUGUUGCACCCUUCCGUAAUGAACGUCCUGUGGAGAAAGAUAUUCGCGAGACACAUCGUUCUGAUUUCUAUCAACGCAGACAUCAUCAUCCUUAG